AGGUCGGGUUUGAAAUCGGUUUCGACUGUGUGACUGUAUCACCCUGAGAGCGUCGUUGUGUGAGAUGGUUUUACGAGGGACCUAACUUAUUUUUCACGUGGGGAUAUGUUUUGUUCACAUGAUGAUAAGGACGUUAGACUUUGGCAAAGCUCUUUAGUGGUUUAUCGUUCUCAUCAACAUCUUAAAACAAUACAGUCGAUCAGAAGCUGGUGCAAAUAAAUCUAUCUGAAGUCUGUUUAAAUUCUAACCAUGCAUGUGCACCAAAAUACGAACGCAUAUCUCGAAUUGUGCGCUAAAAGAGGUUUAACUAUCUAUCACUAAUUACACAUGGGCUGUUCCAAAAGAUAGACGGGGGAGAUCGGCAGUAUACUCUUAAUGAUUAUUCAACUAGUAUACUGGAAGGACCCUUUACAGGGACAAGAACGAAGACCCUUUUACCCAUGGCCGCGAAAUGGAAUGCCCUGUUUGAAACUGAUUACAUCACAAAUAAGAUUAUUCUUAGAGUUGACAAUCGCUACAAGAACUUAAUGUUGAUAAGUAUUUUUAUAUAGUAGGUGUCUCCAAAUUUUGAAAACAUUUCUUCAGAUGAUAUUGACAAAUUCGGGUGUCUUGGGUUCUGCUUACAUUGAGGCAACUUUCUUUGCUGAAACGUCACUCCAAACAUUACAUUCAUUCCUAUCAGAUUUUGUAGUUCAAGAUAAAUCACUUGAAACAAUAUGGCUCACUAUUACGCGGGGGAUCCAACGGUAUUAUGGAUUGUCAUAAUCGGUUUCAUCAUCUCAUUCGUGCUCGCCAUGGGUCUCGGUGCCAACGACGUCGCCAAUUCCUUCGGUACCUCUGUCGGCGCCAAGGUACUGACGCUCUACCAGGCGUGCGUGGUGGCGGCCAUCUUUGAAACCGCCGGCGCCAUACUGCUUGGCUACAGGGUGUCGGAUACCAUUCGAAAGGGAAUAUUUGACCCUCUACUCUACAACGGAAGAGACGAGCUUCUCCUAGUUGGAAAUCUAUGUGCCUUGGCAGGCUCCUGUAUAUGGCUCUUUACUGCAACCAUUUUCAGAGUUCCCGUUUCUGCGACACACAGCAUUGUUGGCGCUUCUUUGGGCUUCCAUAUGGUAGUCUUCGGAGGAGUUGGAGUCAACUGGAAUGUCGUUGUCGUCAUUGUUAUCUCUUGGUUUAUCUCACCUGUCCUCUCUGGUUUCAUCUCGUCUUGUAUCUAUGGCCUUCUCUAUGUCACCGUCUUGAAAAGGGACAAUCCUUUGGACUGGGGUGUUUACACUGUUCCAGUCUGGUACUUUAUUCUCAUCUUUAUCAACUUCUUUUCCAUCUUCUACGGAUCAUCACUAUUGUUCGGAUUCGAUGAGAUAUGGAUCGUUAUGGUGAUCUCAAUUGGAAGCGGAUUGGUUAUUGCUGGAUUUGGUUACUUCUUUAUCAUACCAUGGAUUACAAAUAGAGUUAAAAAAAUGAAGGGACAGGAGAAACUAGAAUUAGCAGAGGAAGGUCAGGUUCAGAAUGAUCAAGAACAAGAGACUGAAUUAAAAGAAGGUUUACCAAAUGGAAACUGCGAUGGUGACGCCGCCUCGUUAGAAAAGAAAAAUCCUGACGACCCUGAUGCCAUUUUGGUUCCAGAACAUCCGAUAGCCAACGGCUUAUCUGCCGAAUUCACCAACGGAAUGGCUAAUCCUGCUUACAAGACAUCGGAAACAGUUGAGAUGGACAUCAACUCUGAAGAUGAGGAUAGUUCCGAUAAAUGGCUCGUAAAGAAGGGCUCUAAAGAGUGGGAAUCAGUCAAAGAUUCGAUUGAAGUUCGCGCCAUUUGCUCCCCGCUGCAGGUUGUAUCAGCCUGCUUCGCCGCUUUCUCACAUGGAGGCAACGAUGUCAGUAACGCCAUCGGACCCCUGAUCAGCAUCUGGACCAUUUUUACCACCGGUUCCGUGGACCAAGAGACAAUAACCCCUGUAUGGAUCCUUCUUUACGGAGGUGCAGGCAUCUCACUCGGUCUCUUCCUAUUCGGCCGUCGUGUCAUCAAGACAAUCGGUGAAGACCUCACUCCAAUGACUCCGUCAACUGGCUUCUGUGUCGAGCUCGGGUCAGCUUCCACGGUACUUCUAGCAUCGAACCUCGGUAUCCCUAUCUCAACUACCCAUUGUCAGGUUGGUUCCGUCUGUGGUGUUGGCUGGCUGAGGACGCGAAAGGCUGUUGAUUGGCCUCUGUUCUCAGGGAUCUUCUUCGCCUGGGUGGUGACCCUCCCUGCCACCAUGAUGCUAAGUUCAGGUUUGAUGGGGUUCCUGCAGCAUGCCGUUCCUGGAAGCUGUGAACUUAUUCCUAUCCCUGUCAUGAACACUACUACAACCGCCAUGGCAUCGACCCUUGGAUUGAUCUAAGUUUAUAUGCAAUAUCCUAAUGGCUGUAGACUAUGGUCAGAAGGACCAAUCUGUCAAAUUUUGGAGGCUUCCUGGUGGAACGAUGGUUCUUCCUCUGCCAGGCUAUAGAUUCGAAACCAAAUUGAUGUCCUCGCGUCUCGUCUUACAAUAGGCCUACUGGAGGCCUACGUUCGCUACUGCCACAAUUUCGUAGGUAUUUCACACUAUAAUCUGCCAAUUCCGGAUGAUGUAUUUCCUAUCCCAAUGGUAAUCAUAGACAUUGUCAAACUAAACUAUUCUACUGAUAUGUGAUUACAAAUCAAAUUACUUGGGGUGUCCGAAAUAUGAAAGGUAUUGCACACUUUAGUAUAAAGUAAUUUUGAAAUAUUUUAUAAAGUGUGAUUUUUAAAGAUCAUGGCAUUGCUAAAAUAUUUUUCUUCUUAAGGAUGUUUUUUAGAACAGGGUUGUUUCCUUUUGUUGAAAAGUCCACAAGGCCUUUAAAAUGAGUCACUUUAAAUCAUAUGCAGUAUAUGUAUAUUCACUUGUUUAAAGCACAUGCAUCAAUUAUUUAAGUACUUACUGAAGGAAAAACAACCAUUAACAUUAAAUGAUACAGUUUGUUAAAACUCUGAAAAUACCUUUUUUCUCUGAACCAGUGUUUUAAUUUAGAGCAAAUCAUACACAAAUGGACUUAGUUGAAUUAUACUGUAUAAGUAUUCAAUGAAGUUGAUAAGGUACAAUUUAUUUAUUAUAUUCCAUCGUGCCCUUCAGUUGACUUCGUGUCUUAAUGAUUGUCCUGGUAAAAACACCCUUCUAAAGACUCUCUUAAACAAGUUCCGUCUAUUGGUUGUUUACUCAUAACCAUGCUACUUUCGUACGCAGCCAGGUAAUAUAUAGACCUACACUGUAAAAUCUAGUCCGACAUCGACUUUACCCACACCAGGCCAAAGCGAUACUACAGUACUGCACCAAAUAUGUAUUUAAACAACACCAGACUGUGAAAAUCGAUUUCAUUCUCCUUGCAGUGUUGUGUUAAAUCUACAUCGCUGUUUCUUUAGUGUUUAAUCCUGUAGUAGGUCCAUUGGUGUAAAUAGUUAGCACUCGAGUAGGUAAUUUGAUAUAAGCUAUUGAGGAGAUGUCUGAAUCGACUGAGACUACCUAGGUCCAUCACUUGCUGUACAGCGUUCAGCAAUCCAUGUGAAAUUUUCCAGGAUUUUUUUAAGCACGGGGAUUACAGUUUGUAGUCGACUUCUUCAGUUUAUAAGUAUUGUAUCUUGUAUUCUGCAAUUCCUUCCAUAGAGAGAAAUGGACGGGAUCUGUUAUUAUCUCAAUGGAAAUUAUACUUCUUUUUUUUAUUCAAAAUGGCAACAGAGAAAAAAAAGGAAAAUGAAAAACAAAAACAGCUGCGACAUAAUGGUUAGCAAAGCAAUUCUAAUUUUGAUCAUUAAAAUGUCAUAUAUAAACGCACACAAAUAUUAUAUUUUUUUAAAUUUCAUAUUUCUAUUGUGGAGAUCAAAGUCAUCAAUAUUCCGGUAAUCAGUUUGGUCAAUAUGUCGUAUUAAACAGUCAUCACGAUCAUAGGGAUAUUUUUUUCAGCUUCACUGCCGAUUCUUGAAGCUUGCGAUGUUCCUAGCAUGCAAUUGAGUAGGCUGUUAAAUACAAAGAGGUUAAUAAUUUCGGAAUUUGCCAUGUCUGCCCCCAUAGCGAAUACAUGAAUAUGUCAUGUACGUGGGUUUAUGAAACUUAUUAGUCAAUAUUUAAUUUUGGUCCAAUAUGCAAGAGAGUAUUGCAUCAUGAAGUGUGUGAGUCUUAAUGUUGUGUAUGUUUAAUAAACAAUUGUAGGAUUUUUACAUUGGAUGGAGAAGAUGGAGAAGAUCCAUUGUAUAUUGUUCAAACGUAUCAUUGAGGAGGGUAGAGACAGAGAACAAAGAACAAAGAAGAAAAUUGAAGAAUAGAAAAACGCCCCUUAAUGUGAAUCUAAUAAAAUAACAAAUAACUAAACUUUCUUAGUUCUUUGCAGAGGGCAAAUUUUGGGGUUGACCUGCACUGUUAGAAAAUGUAUCCUUAAAAUAAAAGAAGUUCCUGCAGCAGAGUCUCGAGAACACCUGUAAUCUUACCAGAUUGCGUAAUAUUACAGGAUAUUGGUAUUCGGUGUAUGGAAUCUUACAAAUUUCCUUGAAUAAAUCACCCUUUUCCCCUGUUUAAACAGACCUGUUCUGUUAAAUUGCUGAAAUUUUUUUUUUUUGUGUAAAAUCACAGUUUUUUUAACAGUGUGAGAGCUGUCUUUUUUGUAUUGAUAUGCCAUUAUUUUUCAAAUUCAAAAUCAACUAAGUUCAUCUUUUAGAUGUAUUUCGAAGUGUUUGUAUAGGAACUGUAUAUAUUUUGUAUAUUGAGUUAUAUAUAUUUAUGUAAGCCAAGCUAUAACGAUAUAUUUUAUAUGAUGUUACAUUGUUUGUGUAUGCAAAAUAAACAGCAAAAAUAAUACUCUAGUGUUAUGACACUUGGUAGUUUUUUUUUCUCGAAUUAGAAGCGACUCUAUCUGAAGGCAAAAGAUACAGUUUUGGUAAUAAUUGGAGAGGUAGUUAAAAAAGUAUAUCUUCUUAUUGAAAUUCGAUAGGCAAGGACCUCUUGGUGAAUAUCGGACAGAUGUUUCUUGUUGCAACAUAGAAUGGAUAAAGCUUUUGAAACCAUACUAGGGCCCCGUUUGAUAAACGUUACUACUAUGGUAACUUUGCCAUCUAAUGGU